AUGAUAUAUCAAGUGAGUUUUCUACAAAUCGAUUCCUUCCAGGGAUCGUCUUAUAUCCAUGACGUCAUCGGAACAAAAUUCCUUGACUUGGCGGAAAUAUCUUAUGGACGUGAUGGUUAUUUACCGAGUUUUGGACCAUGUUACAUAAACUUGUACGGCUCGAUGAGAGAAUUUUCCGGCAUACCUAGCGAUUAUGAUGAACUAAAUGAAGGAAAAGGUGAAGGCGCCGCUUAUCGUGGUCGAGUCCUCGUUGAAAUUGAGACAGAACUGAACCCGAGUCAUAACGAAGAAAGAGGAAGUUUAAACUCUGAUGAUAUUGCCGACGUGGCGCCUUUCCAGCGACGCAAAAAAUUUUGUCUUUUGGCAACUUUUCUUGAGGCAACCAUGCUUUCAGUUCACGAUACUCCCAUUGAAUUUGAAGUCAGUAUAGGUAACUGCGGAAACAAAAUGGACAAUUCUUUCCAGGCCUCUUCGUCCACAACACCUCCGACAAAUCCUGUUUUUGAUGGCGAGCGGUACUAUUAUCUGCCGUGGGCUGGAACCAAGCCUUAUGUUCGUAUUGAUUGCGAGUGGGAAGACAUAACAUUUCGUCUUGGAGCUCUAAAUAAAAUACUGAGAGCUUGUCAAAGACUGGAAAAAAGCAUCGAUCGAGUCAAAGAGAGCUAUUGGAAAGGCGAGCACAAAGAAUCCGUGGAGGAACUUUGCAAGCUUUUGGAUAUACUUCUUAAGGAUUGCCAGACUCUUGGGAAUCAACCGACGUUGAAAAAACCAGACAUGACAAAUUUAGAUGUGUUGCUGACGCAUCGAAGAAACACGACAUUGAAUGAGCUUGGAAAAGAAGCAACCGAACUCAAAGAAAAAGUUACCAACCUAAAAGAGGCUUUUGAAACUCUUGAAACGGUUGAAACUGUGGAGAGAUUUCUCAAGAAGUUAAGAAGCAUUGCCAUUGAGCCGCAAAACAGUAUGCCCGAUGUCAUAAUCUGGAUGAUAAAAGGUGGCGCCCAGCGGAUAGCAUACUGUCGAAUACCUGCACACGAGCUUUUGUACACAUCGGAUAAAGAACAACAGGGAAUCAACUGUGGAAAGAUUAUCGACGUCAUUUUAAAGUAUCCAGGAAAGCAAGACCAAAGUAAAAAACAUGCCGUAAUCCCUGCGUUAUUGCGUGUCAUGCUACGGCUGAGUUUGGAGGAACACAGUAUCGACGAGUGGCAAGAACUGACAAAAACUGGCGGGAAACUCAUGCUGUAUGCUGAAACUUACGAAAAUCAGCAUAGGGUACCGGGGAAAUGGACGACGACACUCUUGAGACGUCCAUCAUUUUCCAAUGCCAAAGGAACGCUAAGUCUACCAAAAGAUCAUUUUAUCGAACCCACCGGGUGGAGAUUUGACAAAGAAUGGUGUGUAAGACCAGAAACAAGUACCCACUUCAGCAAGGAUACGGGACACAAGCGGUUCCUCGAAGAUGCGUUCGAAAAUGAAUCUCGGAUGUUUCCAGGUGAAAGUGGCGCCCUUUGCAGGAAUCACCGUGGACGGACAAUAGCCUGUAGAAAUUAUAACUCCUUUGAUUUUACAACUAUUGCAAUUCUCCUUUCCAUGUAUAAACAGGUUAAACGAGAGCAAGGCUGGGAAUACGCUUUUAAGACCACGUUUGGAUCGACAGAUUAUGAAGCUGUCGAGAAAACCUAUCACUUAUGUCGUCGUAGAAGAUGGACUCGCGAAAGAAAACUUCUUGGAUCGCCGCAUGAUUUUUAUCAGUUAACUAUGCCUGCGGAAGAUCACGCGUCGAAAGAUGGAUGGGAAUAUGCAACAACAUUCUCUUCGAGAUUUCACAGAGAGGAAAAGUAUUACGAUUUUGUACGACGACGACGAUGGCAUCGUAGAUUGGUACGAACAGAUUCGACAGCUCCCGAACCCGUGUUUCGACUUGGAGCGGAAAAGGAAAAAGAUCUGGUGCUUGAUGCUCCGAGAAUUUUUCUCUCAUUCAAAAGGCCUCUCAUUUGCCAAUUUCGUGCUCAUCUUUAUCAAGCAAGAAAUCUUUUGCCUUCGGAUCCAAACGGAUUGGCAGAUCCCUACGUUCGGCUCUCGUUCUGCACACGAAGCGCGACGUCCUGUACAAUAACCAAGAGUCUCAAUCCAACUUGGAAUGAGAUGUUGCUCAUCGAUUACGUCCCCAUAUAUGGUCAUUAUGAACAGGUGAUUGAAAAUCCUCCAGAUGUGUUGAUGGAGUUAUUUGACAGCGAUUCAAUGCUUAAGGGAAAAGAUGACUUUCUCGGACGUGCUCAAGCGGAGCCGAUUGUAUUCCUUCCUGACCGUGUGCCGGAGGCGAAACUUUCAUGGCAUAAAAUUUGGAAAAAGGAUCAUCAUUGCGGUGAUAUUUUGGCUGUUUUUCAAGUAUUUGUGGAAAACGAUUGUGCUCCAGCGCUUCCCUCGCCUGUUGACAGCGAUAUUUACACUAUUCCUGAAAAUAUACUGCCUAAAACAACGAAACAUAUGGUAGAAGUACUCUGUUGGGGCUUACGCGAUCUAAAACGUUUCAAGGGAUUAUCCGUAAAAUCACCUUUGGUGGAGAUUGAAAUGGGUAAAACAACGCAGAAGACGAACGUUUUGGAAAACAUCAAAACGAAUCCCAAUUUUCAGGAGAACCGUGUACUAUGUUUUCAUAUCGAUUUACCAGAAAAGGGUUUCUUUACUCCUCCAAUCACGAUACGAGUUCGAGAUAACCGUUUAUUUGGUCGUCGUCCAACAGUUGGCGUGUGUGUCAUUGAAAGUGCCAAAAUCUUUCUCAAUAAGAAGACCGGAAGUUACAAAAAUGUAACGAAAAGUCCAGCUUCGGGUGCCAUACCAGAUCACCGUGCCGUAGUCAUUGAACAGGACAACACAAGAAACGAGACUGCCAUCGAAGAAGAAGAAGAAGAAGAAGGACAAAGAAAGUUUGAUUGGUGGUCAAAGUACUAUGCUUCUCGAGAGGAAACUCGUAAAAUGGCCGACGACUAUCCAACAAACUUCGAUACGAUGGAGAUUCACCCGGACGAGUUGGAAGAGCAUUUUGAAAAUUUUCAGGAUUUCAUCCAAACGUUUCCUUUGCGAAGAGGAAAAGGGCAUGAUCCCGAGUAUCACGAAAACGAGAGCUCAGUCGGAGAAUUCAAAGGCUCCUUCUGUAUCUACCCGUUAAGUGAAAAGUACGACACUUCUCUACAGCCGCAAUUCUUCAAGGAGAAAUUUCUACCAAAGGCAGAACCAAUCAAAUGCACCGUCAGAGUUUAUAUUGUUAAGGCUUACGACUUGAUGUCAAAGGAUCUGAACGGUUUAGCAGAUCCAUAUCUUGUGGUAUCUCUUGGAAAAAAAUGUCACAAUGACAGAGAUGGUCAUGCGUGUGAUGUCUUGUCAGUAGAUUUUGGAAAGAUGUUCGAGUUCAAAGCCAGAAUCCCAAUGGAAAAAGAUCUAAAGAUUAAAGUCAUGGAUUACGAUUUCGCAUCGGAUGAUCUUAUCGGCGAAACCGUCAUAGAUCUUGAAAACAGAUUCCUGUCCAAAAGACACGCGAUGGCAGGACUUCCUAAAACGUAUUCGACUUCGGGUCUAAACAAAUGGCCUUUUGGAAAAAAAUAUCGUCCAACAGAGAUUUUGAUAAAUUACUGCAACCUUCACUAUUCGUCACAGCCGCGUUUUAAUAACGUGCCUAAUUCCGAUGAUGUCUGUGUUGAGGUCGAUGGAGUUUUAUUUUUAAAGCUUAGUGAUUUCGAACAUGAAAAGAUUGAAAACGACAGUUAUGAUUUCAAAUGUCAACGUCUCGCUCUGCGCGUGCUCCAUGACUUUAACAAUUUGGUCUGUGAACACGUGGAAACAAGAAAUUUGUAUUCUAGCUUGUAUCCGGGAUUUCCACAGGGUAAACUUGAGAUGUUUGUCCAUAUAUUUCCCGAAUACUGUGGAGAACCUGGACCACCGAUUGACAUUACUCCAAGACAACCGAAAAAGUAUGAGCUGCGCGUUAUUGUGUGGAAUACGUGUGAUGUUUUUUUGCAAGAGGGAAAUUUGUUAGGAGAACAAAUGAGCGAUAUCUACGUCAAAUGUUGGCUAGCUGGCAAUGAAAAACAACGUACAGACAUACAUUAUCGCUCGUUGAACGGUGAAGGAAUGUUCAAUUGGAGAAUGCUUUUUCCGUUUGAGUUUUUGGAUGCAGAGAAAAUGAUACUUGUAAAGAAAAAGGAUCAUAUUUGGAACUGGAGUGAGCGCGUAGAGAAGGCGCAACCUCGCCUCACCCUACAAGUUUGGGAUAACGAUCUUAUAUCCAGAGACGAUUUCAUAGGUUCCAUUGAUUUGGAUUUAAAAGCACUUGGGAAACCGUUCAGUAAUCCGAACAAGAUCAAAAUCUUUCUGAUUAUUCGAAACGCAAGGCACAAUCGCUGUUCGAAAUACGUCGCAUCUAUGGCUGGUUGCCAAUAUAUGGUUACCCGAAAGAGAAGGGUGAAUCAAAGAAGAACAGAAAUGAUAAAAAAAUCUUGGAUUGAAGGCUUUGACUCCGGCAAAGUUGAAAUAACUAUGGAGCUACUUGAGUUUGACGAAGCCAAUGCUAAACCUGCUGGCAAAGGACAAGAUGAACCAAAUCAACAUCCUGCAUUAGAAAAACCUAAUCGGCCCAAGACGUCAUUCUUAUGGAUUUGGAAUCCGUGGAGAUCUUUUCGUUUUAUUAUUUGGCGCAAUUACAAAUGGUACAUCAUCGGUGCAAUCCUGUUGGUGUUAGUUAUCAUCUUGCUGAUCCUUUUCAUAUAUUCUGCACCGGGAUAUUCUGUCAAAAAACUAUUCAACGCUUGAAACGAUUCGAAUAUUUCGUUCGUUUCAGUCGAGGUUCGUGAGCAAGGCUGCCCCAAGUAUCUUGCAAACUUUUUCCAUUAAAUUUUGUAUAUCAAAAUCUACGUUGGUAUCCUAUGUAAGCGCCAAGUGUAACACAAUUAUUCAGCAAAAAUGGGAAAGAUUUUCGUUCUUUACAAAUGAAGAAAAGUUUUAUAUAUAAUAGCUUUGACUAAUUAAAAUUGGAGUUAAAUUGAAGGAAAA